AUGCUAAUAACAGCGACUCGUACACGCGUAUUGCCGUGUUCUCGCUACUUGCUAUCGCUAAGGGGCGGCCCCAAAGUAUGGCAGGCUCGGUAUUUUGCCACUGGCGCUACUUCCACUGUUCAAGAGCCUCCACUACCGAAGCUAUAUAAGGGACAAGACCCGCUCGAGCAGCUUCGCCAGAUUACACAAUAUUCGUUGUUUUCCGUGAGGGAGAAGCUUUUUAAACGUGAGCUCAAGUUUCCCUUCGAGGAGCUAAAUCACUGGAGCCAGCAGCGCAUCGACCGUAAGGUAUCGUUGUUCGAGCAAGAUCUAUACAAGGCAUACGAAGAGUUUCUAGACGAUCCGCAAAAGUUACAAGAGAUCGCCAAAGUUUCGAUGGCAGACUACUUCAAACCUAGAUUUGAUAAGAUCGGCGCAAUUGUGUAUUCUAUCCAUUUGAACAUGUACCCCAAUGAACUUGCCAAAUUCAACAACUACUCUAAGAAGCUGGAAAUCAUCACCGAUAUUCUUCUCAAGAUGCUCUGGCAGCAUCACACGGAGGCCUCCCUUGUAUCGGAAGCAGCUGACUCGUCUCAACUUUGGGACUUGCUGGCUCCUGCUGAGUGGUUCCCAAAAGCCAGGCGAAUGAAAAGAAAGAUUGUGAUGCAUGUGGGACCCACGAACUCGGGAAAGACAUACAACUCUCUCCAAGCGCUUGCAAAGGCUAAACUGGGAUAUUAUGCUGGUCCUUUGCGUCUUCUAGCGAGAGAAAUUUACGAGAGAUUUCAGGAACAAGGCAUCAGUUGCAACUUGAUCACAGGUGAGGAAGUGAUCCCUUCGUUGGAUGACUUUGACAAUGUCACCGAGAUUUCCUCAGGUACGAUCGAGAUGAUCCCGUUGAACAAAAGUAUGGACAUUUGUAUCAUCGAUGAAAUCCAGAUGAUUGCAGACCCUUUGAGAGGCUCUGCGUGGACAAAUGCCGUCUUGGGUGUACAAGCUAAAGAACUUCAUCUCUGCGGUGAGCCCAGUGCCGUGAACCUCAUUAAAGAGCUUGUGAAGAACACAGGUGAUGAGCUUCAUAUCAAGGAAUACCAAAGAUUGGGGAAGCUUACCGUGGAACAAAGAGCAGUGAGAGACUUGAAGCAUCUCAGGAAAGGGGACUGCGUCAUUGUGUUCUCCAAGAGGAAAAUCCUCGAGCUCAAGUGUGAAAUUGAAAACAAGACUGAUCUCAAAGUGGGUGUUAUUUACGGCGCCCUUCCUCCAGAAAUCAGAUCGAAAGAGGCUAGUAACUUCAACUCUGGCAAAUACGACGUGCUCGUAGCCUCAGACGCCGUGGGGAUGGGUCUCAAUCUUCGGAUCAAACGUAUAGUGUUUGGGUCUAUGAUGAAAUUCGACGGCAAUGAAAUGGUCCCGCUUAGCGUCUCUGCUACAAAACAAAUUGCAGGGCGUGCUGGGCGCUACAGCGCUACUGCUGGAGAGCUGGAGGGAUUCGUCACGGCAUUGGACUCAAGGGAUAUGCGUACACUCAAGCAUCAGAUGAAGCAGACCACGGAAUUCUUACCCAAAGCCUGUAUCUGGCCGCCUAGAGAGUUCUGGACCUACUACUUAGCGCUGUUCAGAAACCCAAUUCUGCUUGCGGAUGCCAUCAAGAAGUUCGAUAGCCAAGCAUCAAAGUACAGGUUGAAGGACUACUUCUACAUGGAGUUUGGCCGUCAGGUCGAGUUGCUCGAAGCGAUAGUGGCCAGCAACUUGCACACGAGUCUCACAAUUGAAGACCAAAUCACGCUCAUGCUUGCACCGGUGAACUUCAGAGGCGUGGGGCCAGAGGUGAUUGAAACGUGUGUCAAGUUUUUUGAAGCCAUCCUGAAGGCUGAGCCCAAAACCGUAUUUGAUUUCGAGUUUUUGCAUCUACACGUGCUCCAACAACGUCCCUCUGUCGCUGGCUCUCCAGAACAGAUUUUGGACUACCUUAGUGCGCUAGAGAACGACCACAAGUUGGUGUUAUGUUACAUGUGGCUUAGCCAAAGAUGGCCCACUGUUUUCGUUGAUAAAGAAAGCGCCCAUGAGAUCAAGACAAUGGUGGAGAAGCGUAUCAGUGAGGAAUUGCUCUGUUUACGGAAAGUAUCUCAGAGCAGGAGGUCAAGCAAAAAUUGGCUGCAAAAAGUGGGUUCGCGGUCCCCCAAACGAAGAAAAGCAUAA